CCUUUUUGUCACAAACAUUUUCUUAAGUGUGAAUAACUCGCUUUUAACCAUUAUCAUCAUAUAUACAAGUAAAAUCUUUCAAUAUUCACUAUAUGAUUUAUUUUUAUUUGGAUUUAAGUUCGAACUACUUUCAGUAAGUCGUGACUUCCUGUUAGUGUUACAGGUAAAUUAUUCAAUGUACGAUGGAGGUGGAUUUUACGGAAAAAAUUAAAAGUGUUUUUGAUGUUUGUGAUACAGAAGGAACUGGAUAUAUAACUGUAGAUCAUUUGAAAAAUUUAGCCAAGGAACAUUUUGGAGCUGACAGCGACGAGGAAGUAAUUGGGAUCAUCCAGUUAUUAGACCCUGAAGGCAAGGGGAAAGUAAGCUUUACAGACUUCUGUCAAGGUGUACAACAAAUACUUGAAGUACAAGCAUCCAAACAGUCAACCCCAACAAACUCUGGUAACCAUAGUGACUUCAUCAACUCAUUCCAUUUUGAAUCAGAACAAUCCCCACCUGAGGCCCAAGACACUUCAGAAGCUAGCGCGUUUACUUUUAACGAGUACGAUACAAAUACAGACGAGGACGGGAAUCAACUACUUAUAGACUUUUCUACGCCAGAAACCUCACGACGUAAUCUUCUCCCUUCAUAUGGUCACAGUAGUGGACGCUCCUCCGCCACCAGUCGAACUGAUGAAGAAAACUUUGAAGAUUACGGUGUAGUUGAUCUCGAAUCCGAUUCCUCAGACGCUAACUUAUCCUGUGACAGUUGCCAUCGGUCAAGAAGAAGUCCGAGAAGUAACAGACAAAGAGGACCAAACAGAAGAAUAUCGUCUGCAGCAUAUGCUAGUCAAUUAGCGAGAGGUUUAAGAAGUCCAAAUGCAAAUGAGGAUAUAUAUGACGAUAUAGAUGGUAGCUUUCAAGAACUCACCGAUAGGAUAAAAUCCUUAGAAAAACAACUAGUCAAAGUAAAUGAUGAUAGGUCAAAAGAAGAUGGGGUAAAAAUACGCUACAAAGAUGAAAACAGUAUUCUUAUUAAAAGUGUUGUAGACAGAAUCCACACUAUGGAGGAACAGCUCAAGGACAUGGAGUGUAAGUCAGAUGAUAGGGUGAGAGAAGAACAGAGAAAAUAUCAGGAGAUGGUGAACAAACAUGGCAUUGAGAACGAGAAAAUGGAUUACCUGACAUUGAGGUUACAAACAUUUGAAACAGAAAAUGAACGUCUCAAAACAGAUGUUGUACGGUUAAAGAAUGAAAAUGAUAGGUUAAGAAUGGAUAAAAUGGAAGUAUCCGAUAGAUUAGCAGCAAUGGAGGAAGAUUUUAAUAAAGUUUCGGCAGAAUACAACGAAGUAAUGUCAAAAUUUGACAGAGAACAAGAAAUUACAGGAAAUAAAACAUCGGGAAAGUUGUUAGAUGAGUUACAGAAGGAGUUAGAAGACCUCCGUAAGUUUAAGAUAGACUGUGAACAUAAGCAUUCUCAUAUACCCAGGACGCCCAGUCUCUCAGAUUCCAACGGGUUUUCGUUCAACGCGGAGCUCGCCAAAUUAAAGGAGACGUUAUGGUUAGAAUGGAGGGACGCAGCACAGGCAAACAAGCACCUUGCAGAAGAAAAUGAAGAACUAAAUGCACAGUUAUUGGCUCAAGCUGUUAAAGAAGGCAGGCACAUGUUGCAAGAAGGCAAUUCAUUGGCUGAGGAAUUAGAUCACAUGACCAAGGAGGAGUUGAUGAAAUCAUUGAAGGAGCAACAAGAUGUUAACUUCAGAUUAAGGCAGUAUGUAGAUAAAAUGCUAUUGACAAUACUGGAGAAAAAUCCGGCUAUUCUAGAAGUGCAGUGGUAGACUGUCCACCCAGCAUUUCCCUUGAAAAUUUUAUAUAUAAAUAAAUAGUAACCAGUCCAGAGAUAUCCAGAUUUACAUACUUGUGAUAGCCAUGGAUACACCUUUAAACAGCCAAUAAUAUUUGGUAUACAGGUGUUUUGAAGAUGAAAUACUAUGAAAUAUACAGGCUGUCCUUGAAAUAACCUUGUUUCCACUAAAUAUACAGGCUGUUCUUGAAAUAACUUGUUUC